CUAAUUAAAAGUGUUACCCGCUUUUGUAUGGAUUAGCCUUCCAUAAAACUACAACUAAUGAAGUGUAGCGUGGUGCUUUUUUCCUGGAAUAAAUGCCUUGAGCUGUAUUUCUCUGCUCUGCUGCAGAGUCCGACUGCGCAGCUGCAGCGAGAGCGAGAGCCGCAGCGACAGCAGAGCGCAGACAAAAUGCCUAUGGAUAAUUUCAUAUUCGCGCAAUGCAUCCUUUAUUUUUUAGCCUUCGUUUUUGGCUUUAUAGCUAUAGUACCUCUAUCGGAGAACACGGAGGAUUUUCGCGGGAAAUGUCUGCUUUUCACGCGGGGGAUGUGGCAGAACGAGAACAUCACGGUGUCUAAGCAGCGCUUCAUCAUUGAGGAAUGGGGACCACAGUCCUCCUGCAGCUUCAUCACCGCUGUCGGCAUCGCGUCGCUCAUCCUGUCCGCCGUACAAGCCUGGAGGCUGCUGCUCUUCAUCUGCAAAGGCCACGAUGACUCAAUCUUCAACGCCUUCCUGAAUCUGCUCAUCAGCACAUUCGUAGUGUUUGCUGUGUUCCUGUCCAGCACAAUAGUCAGUGUGGGUUUCAAUCUAUGGUGUGAUGCUAUCACAGAAGGAGGCAGUAUGCCCAGCAGCUGUGAAGAUCUUCAGGACACUGAUCUUGAACUAGGGUUGAACAACUCUGCUUUUUAUGACCAGUUUGCCAUAGCACAGUUUGGGUUGUGGGCGGCCUGGCUGACUUGGCUCGGUAUCACCGUCAUGGCCUUUCUGAAGGUCUAUCAUAACUACCGUCAAGAGGAUCUGGUCGACAGCUUAAUCCACGAGAAAAUGUUCCUACUCGGACGCUCGUCACGCCGGCGCUCUGAUGUGGUAGAUGAGAAAAGUGGCAUGAUAUAGUCAACUCAACAUUUUCAACGCAUUGAAAUAUACUGUCAAGUAAAAUGUGUUCACAAGCCUCUAAAUUUGGCUCACUAGGUGGUGUUUCUCAACUUUAGGUUGACCUCAAUUGAGCUUAUCUGAACCAAAUGCUUCUGAAUAACAUUUUAUUUGACAUUCGACAAUGACUGAGAACAGACAUUCACGUGCACUCAAGUGUUCGGACAGAGGUCAUAGAUCAUUUACAUUUUUUGAUGUUGAGCUUGAAACACAAGACCCUGGACAAAAUAAACAGUGAACAUCAAUAACUUAAAGGGAUAGUUCAAGAAAAAUUGAAUUAUUUUUCUACUUCAUGUUGUCGCAAACCCGCAAUACUUUCAUUCAUCUUCAAAACACAAAAUGAAGAUAUUUUCAAUGAAACCAGAGAGAUUUCCAUGGAAGCCCAUUUCCACCACAGAAUAAAAAAAAACAUAAAUAAAAAGGUAAUUGCGACUUUUUAUCUCACAAUUAACAUUUCGAAAAAUUGUAUCUCACAACUGACUAUUUUGCAAAUUCUGACAUUUUUCUUAGAAUGAGUUUAUAUCUCACAAUUCUGAGUACAUAUCUCACAAUUUAGAAUUUACACCUCGUAAUUCAGACUUUUUUUCUCAGAAUUGCGACAUUAUUUCUUGCAGUUCCGCGUUUAUAGUCUCUUCAGAAGACAUGGGUUAAAUUGCUCAGUUCAUAUGGAUUUUUAACAAUGUUAUGAACUUUUUAAAGCUAUUGUGGAAUUGACUUUCAAUGAAGGGACAGAAAUCUAAGGAAGCUUGGGGGAAAAAAACAGCGACUUUUUUUUCUGCAGUUGCGAGUUUGCGAAUUGCAACUUUGACUUAAUUUCUCGCAAUUCUGAGUUUGUAUCUUGAAAUUCAAUUUUUUUUUUCAGAAUCGCAAGAUAUAAACGUGCAAUUGUGAGAUUUUGAACAGAAAUUCUGAGAUACAAAGUUGCAAUUUUCCCCAAGCUUCCUCAGAUUUCUGUCCCUUCAAUGAAAGUCAAUUCCAAAAUAGCUUUAGAAAGUUCAUAACACUGUGAAUAAUCCAUAUGAACUGAGCAAUUUAAUCCAUGUCUUCUAAAGAGACAUGGUAACUUCACAUGUGAAUUAAAACCUAAAUUAAAUCUGCUCAUAUAGACAUUGAUCAAUGCACAUUAAAUAUUGUAAACAUGCUUGAGUCACAUGCAAGAACAACCCUCAUUGGUUCUUGUGCAUCAGGCAAGCAUAUUUGAGCUUCUUUUUACACCAUAUUAACUUUUUAAAGCAUCAGAGUAUUGGUGGAAUGAACUUUCCUUGGAGGGAUGGAAAUUUCUCAGGUUUAUUAAAAAAAUACCUUCAUUUGUGUUUCACGAUGACAAAUUUGGAACGAUAUGAGGAUGAGUAAUUUAUGAAAGAAUUUUCAAUUUUGGGCAAACUAUGCCUUUAAGGAAGUGUGCUUAAAUAAUGUUCUUCUAAAUCCUGUGUGACAUAUAAUCAAUGUCUUAUUACCAACCAAAUGGUUCUUUCUUUCUAAAGCCUAUUUAAAGCAGCGCUAGAAAUGAGCAACAGCUUCCAGUCAGUCUCUAUUCCAUCAGUGCUCUAUACAUUAGCUGAGGAGUUGGACUUAGUGCAUACAUUGUAGCUCAGGUAAUACUAGUUUUAAACACUAUCUGAAGUGUGUGUGAUCCAUGUCACUCCCUUUCAGUACUGCCUCUAUGUGUAAGACAUAUAUAAUGAUGUAGUAUCCUUCCUAUGUAAAGGGAUUGCUCUUGAAAACAUGCUUGCAUGUACAUACAUAUUACAGUAUAUUAAUCAAUUCAGACAGACGAAGAGGAAAUCUAAGUGACUAAUCUUCAGGAUUUAACAUCGUAAUUUGAUGAGAUAUGAGAUAUUUGGAGGGAUAAUUUAAUGAUUUGCUCCAUCCAGUUUACUUGCUUUCCUAGAACCA